UGUUUUGCAGACAUAUUUAUACAGUCGUCAUAUUUUCAAGACCAUUCAUAGUAAUUAUUUUUAAUUUGAAAUAUAUAAAAUACCCAAAAUUGCGAGAUGAGCAAAAUACACGCAAAACUUUCAGUUACUUCAAAAUUAUCUUCUAUACAUGAAAGUAGUAGUAGUAUCGAUGUGGCCUCCAUCUUUCCCAAGCCGUUGCCAGUACUGAAAGUCGGACCUGUGUAUGAUGAGAGUGGUUUUACGCUUAACGAAAGAUUGGCUUUGCGGCAGGCUUGGAAGCUGAUCAAGCCAUUCGAGCGGCGCUACGGCAAGGAUAUAUACUUUACCUUUAUUAUGAAAUACUACAAAACAUUUGAGAACUUUCGCUAUAAUGGCAAGCUUGAUAUGCAUCGCUUGCAUGGACAUUCCUUGGCCUUUAUGCGCUAUAUAAGCGCCGUUAUUGAUCAGAACGAUCCGGUAUUAUUCCAAGCAAUGUUGAGCGACAAUCACAUAGUACACACUCGCUGCCAUGUGUCGCAGGAGCAUAUGAGGAUGCUGAUGAACGCUCUAAUUGACUAUGUGCUGGAUAAGCUCCAGGAUGUUAGCUCGGCAGCGUUGAAGAGCGGCUUUCAGCGACUCCUGGAGAAGUUUCAGGUAUACUUCGAUCAGCAAACCGUUAGCUUUAUCGCAUACAAGCGAAGUCUGAGCAAAGGUAGCCUCUCAGCUCACAGUGACCAGCAAUAAAUAAUUAAAUCACUCAUACGCUACGUAGUACCUCAAUUGAUUUGGAUUUAACUGCAAUAUAUCCAUGCUCUUGAUCAAUCUCUUGUUUAUCCAAGGCUCUAUCCGCAUAUGCCCCGCCUUCAUCCAGCUAACUGUCUGACGGGUCGCGUAUGUCAAUGCAAAUCGAAGCGUCAGUGCGCAGUCGACGCUGGCGUCGCUGCUGCUGUCGCGCUAUGCUUACGCACAUACAUAUCAAUUGACGACGCCGCGUCGCAGUCGACGCGCUGCGCUGGGUCUUGGCAGCGUUGGCUUUUAGCUGUGCUGUUAAGCGCGUUUCCUUAGAGAAAUUCAGUUUUGCUCGGGCUCUCAGUGCGCCCAUCCACACGUUUC